AAAGCCCAAAAUCUCAAUUUAUUGAAGCAUUAUUUUAAUGUUUACAAUAAUGCUGGAUCGAGCGUUUGCAUUGAUUUUCUUGUCUUGUCAAACCACAACUUAACUCUAGUGACUUGUACAAUACAAUGAUGCUUGCAGAAUGCACUCGUACAGAGGAAGGUUUUUUUUUUCUCUUGGUAUUACUGUUUGGUUGGGGGAGGGGAUUUAUAAACAGAGCAGACAGGAAGAGACCUGCGUGUUAACGUUUUGUAAAGAAGACGCGAGAGACCCCUGCUUUGCUGGGGCGCUACUCUGACAGUCAUUACAAAGAGAGAAAUACGACAACAAAAAACAUAUUCAAUAUCAAACCCUAGGGAAAUAUUUUCCACCGAACAAGAGCGACCCCCACCCCUCAAGAAACCAGGGUCAAAGUUCACAGGAAGCUGGGGGGCUGCCAUUUUCCCCCGCUGCUACUGCUAACGUUUAACGUUAGAUGCUAAAACGACGGGGAGGGGCGGUUGGUUUUGUAUUUUGUAGCUAACUGCUCGAGACAUCACACACGAAUCUGCUGUUUCUCCGACCGUUGACGCUAACAACCAUUGUUAUUGGAUGAAUUCGGCAUGGAGAAGGUAGCGGAGCCGUCUUGGACUUCUUCGUACACCUAUCAGGUGAGCAAGCACAGUGCGGAGAUGCUACACAACCUCAACGUUCAGAGGAAAGAUGGAGGCAGGUUCUGCGAUGUGAUCCUACGCGUCGGCGAGGAGAGCUUCCCGGCACACAAAGCUGUGUUAGCGGCGUGCAGCGAGUAUUUCGAGUCGGUGUUCAGUCGCCAGACGGAGGGCGAAGGCGACGCCAGAGAGCUGGAGAUGCACACAAUCAGCCCCAAAGUUUUUAAAGACGUUUUGGACUUCGCCUACACCUCCAGGAUCGUGGUGCGACUCGAGUGCUUCCCGGAGUUGAUGACAGCUGCCAAGUUCCUGCUGAUGCGGUCCGUUAUUGAGAUAUGUCAGGAGGUAAUCAAACAAUCAAACGUCCAGAUCAUGGUCCCCACGUCGCGGGGAGGAGACGCCAGCCUCUUCCAGGCCACAGCGGCCGCGGAGCUGGGUUUCCCGGUGGCGCAGCAGGAUCUGGUGAACGGCACGGGGCUGCUGGUGAACGGUCAAAGCUUUGCUAACAAUGCACAGAUGCAUGUGGACGGGAGUGAAGACCCCGGAAUUGUGUUAUUGGAGGACGGUGGCGAUCCUUCGAUGCCACUGUUGGAGCCUGUCGAAGGACUGUCCGUUUCCCCAUCAACGGAAAUACCGGGGAACACGUUUCAGCACGACGCUGCAUCCCCAGGGUCGAAAAGAAACCGGGGGCGAGCAAAGAAAGCUAGCGGGGUUAUGGAGGCUGUACACUUUAAUCACAGCACUCCGAAAGACAUUGGGCUGUUUCCAUGUGGGACAUGCGGUAAAGCGUUUACAGAGGCUUCCCGGUUAAAGAACCACGAAGCGCAACACGGAGCACACCUCGGUGUAAACAACGUCAGUGACAGCCUGUCAACAACGGGCGACAUUUCUUUAAUGUCUCCGUCUGCUCUGGAGGAAAACGGCGUGCAGUUACACGGAGGGCUUGACAACGGUCGCAAACGGGAGAGGACCAGGCGGCAUGUUGGCUGUGACAUUUGCGGUAAAGUUUUCCGCGACGUUUACCACCUGAACCGACACAAGCUCUCCCAUUCCGGGGAGAAGCCGUACGCAUGCCAUGUGUGCGGACUCCGGUUCAAACGUAAGGACAGGAUGUCAUACCAUGUUCGGUCCCAUGACGGCUCGGUCGGCAAACCUUAUGUGUGCCAAAGCUGUGGUAAAGGUUUUUCAAGACCAGACCACCUGAAUGGACAUAUCAAACAGGUUCACACAACAGAGAGACCCCACAAGUGCCAGAUUUGUAAUGCCUCUUUUGCUACAAGAGAUCGCCUCCGGUCACACCUUGCAUGCCAUGAGGACAAAAUCCCCUGCAAGGUUUGCGGCAAGUUUCUGCGUGCUGCCUACAUGACAGACCACCUCAAGAAACACAGCGAAGGGACGCAUAACUACUGUGGCAUUUGCAACAAAGGUUUCUCCACUGCGUCCUACCUUAAGGUGCAUAUAAAGACACACCAUGGCUCUCCACUGUUCCCCUCCGCCACAAUGCACAUCUUCCCUGAACCACGGGGGGAGCUGCAGAUGCACAACGGCACCCCUUACCUCAUGGGACGCCAGUGCUCGGUGGAAGACCUGUGCGCCAGUCGCCAGCUGCUUCUCACCUCCACUGAGGCAGAGGGUCGCUUUCAUGGGCUCUCUGGACCCCCAGUUCUCCCCCAGCCUGGCCCUCUGCAGCCUGAGCUCAUGGGGAAGGCAGGUGGGGCUCCGUAUUUCUGGGAUUGUCGCUCUGGCGGGGUGCCUGGCUUCCCCGUCCAUGGGCCUGCUGCAGACGGGCAGGAAAACACUGGGAAGUGUCCUCAUCUGGAAUCAGAAGAAUCCGAUCCUUCAUUUGGGGAAUUGUCUAACGGUGACGAGCUUAAAUCUCCUCAGAAACCUGACGAGCCGGAGCUGGAGAUGCCCUCUUUGGCCUGUAAUGGGGCCUCUACCGGGGCCCUCAGCUCCCCCGAGGGAUCUAAAGCCAAGACAGACCCUGAGAAGAAGUUUAUCUGCAGCAUUUGCGGUCAGGCUUUCCGCACCAAGUCCUACCUCAACAAGCACCAGCACAGAGUUCACAAAGCCCAGAAGGCCCAGGGGACCUCAGGGCCGGCCUUAAAUGAGCUGGGCCCCUCCCUGACCUCUCCCUUCUCCCCCCAACAGAACAUGUCUCUGCUCGAGUCUUUUGGCUUUCAGAUAGUCCAGUCUGCUUUUGCCUCUUCUCUGGUGGAUGCUGAGGCGGGUCAGAGUGGAAUUGACUUUGGAGCGAAGUGACUUAUUUGCUAACGUUCAUUUUAGGACAAAGAAGAUGCUCUGUAUUUGGGAAUAACUUUUCCUCAAGGUAACUCUUUCAGUUUGUUACGUCGCUUAAUGUGUAUCUUAUAUUUUUGUCACAGACUGCCAUACGAUUCCUACUUUUUCUACUUUUUCCAAGUAUGAAAAGUGCGUGCACGGUGUUUAAAACGUUCUUUUAAAAGAAAUGACAUGAAGGUUUUAUUUCCUUUAUCUGAUGUGGAUCUGUUGAAGUCAUGUUUGGUAUUCUUAUAUUUGUUUCUUCGCUGGUGUUAUUGAGCUUUCUUCGCUGCACAACAUUUACUUGACAUGAGAUGUUUUAUUUACUGCAAGCUUAAAACAAGUAAUUGUCUGUACGCCCACUUUAACUGCUCUGAUGUACUCGGUAAAUUGACCUUUGGCCCUUACAGUGAUUUUUAUGUUUCAUAAUUCCUCUUUCUCUUGAAGGCUGUAAACAGAUGUAUUUACCUCAGAUCAACCAGAGGGCUGAGUUAUGUAUCUAUGUUGUUCUCUAAUUCUUUUGAGGAGGAUUGUGAUUUUCUUAAGGACAGGGAUUUAAUUGGUCCUCAAUUUUGGUGGCAGAUUUUCUUUAAUCUAUUAACUUUUCCCAAAAAAAUCAUAACAGGCCCACGGCAUUUUUUAUGACACGUUUAUUCUAACCAACUCUCUUCAGCUUCAUUCCCGAAAGUUUCCACUCUUAAAUGAAUUACUAGAAAGGGUUACAGUUAGAGCCGGAGAUAAAUGUACUUUUACUACAAAUGCACAUGCACAGUGUUUCCCCUAGGUUUUUUAGGGGGUG